AUUAUCCUCAAAAUCUUCACUUCUCCGUCCAUCCCUUUUGUCUUUCUUUUCCCCAUUCUUUCAACCUCUCAUAAUCACUCAUCACCAUAACCAUAUAAAUAUAUCCACAUCCAUCACAAUCUCCACAACACAAAUUCCUCUCCAAAAAACAAUGGAAGAAAAAAAACAUCAAGGAGUAAAAUGGAGCUGGACAUCAGCAAUAAUAGGAGCAGCAUCAGCAAUAGCAGCAACCUCAAUCCUCUCAGCAAAACCAAAAGACCCAACAUUCCACCUUAUUUCAAUCAACUUCACUUCCUUAAAACCAAGUCUCCCUGUUCUAGACGCAGAAGUUCUUCUAACAGUUCAUGUAACAAACCCAAACAUAGCACCAAUAAACUACACAUCAACAACCAUGUCAAUUUUCUACGAAGGUUCUCUUCUUGGUUCGGCUCCGGUUCAAGCCGGUUCACAGCCGCCGAGAUCUUGUCAGCUUUUAAGACUUCCAGCUCGGCUUAAGGCUAGUCAGCUUGCUCAACAUGUUAAGAGAGUUGUUGCUGAUGUGGCGAAACGUGAAAUGGUUCUUGAUGCUGCUGUUGAUAUUGCUGGUACUGCUAGAGUUUUGUGGUGGGAUCAUAAUUUUAAAGUUAGGGUUCAUAGUCAUGUUACUGUUGAUCCUGUUUUUCUUGAUGUUAUUGAUCAGGAAAAUACUACCAAGCUUCAACUCUUUGCAUCAGAUGAUGAAUCGACAGGUGAAGAAGGUACCAAAGCAGAAGAAGUUGAAGAGUGAUAUCGUCUUUGCAUUAAAUAGUUUUGUUAUUAUUGUAUGUUCUUUUGUUGUGUUUGAUUGACUUUAAGUUUAUUUAUUUAGGAUAUUUUAGGACUGAGAUUUUGUUACAUUUUAUGUUUAGAUUAUAAUUUGUUGAUUGUUA